UAGGUGUAUGUGUAUACACUACUAUACACACUACUAUAGUUAGCAGUUAGAUUAAGUUAUUUUAAAGAUUUAACCUACCUUUCUGAUUUGUAGAAAAGAAAUGAUUCAUUAAUAGUUGUUAUAUUAGUUGUGUGCAAAAUGUUGAAAUCUAGUCGACUCGUUCUAUCCGUCCUCUCCCUGAUGGAAAAUGACCUGGAGAAAAGUGUACCUUGGUCCGGAACCCAGGGAUCCAUGUGUAGGUCCAGGUCGGAGCCAAGGGAAUCAAAUUAUAACCGUCUCAGUUCGGGAAAAAGCUGUUUAACAACAGCAACGACACAGAUUGGUGGGAUGCAUACUGAAGCAUUAUGUUCUCCUAACCUCGUUCUUAAUGAAACCUCAACUCCGUCUAGAUCUUCCGGUGUAGGAAAAUGUACAAGUAUAUCUACUCAGUGUUUAUCAUCCCCUGCUAACCGGGAGACUACAAGUAAAUCAACCGGCUCCGGUAUUUUCUCUCCCACUUCUAAACCAGCACUUCCAUUACAAUUUCAGUCUGAGCUCGAGCCCGGAGAAGAAUUUGAGAAUAGUUUUGGAACCAAGAGUAUUCUUCUGGAUACAAGGUUACCUAUGUGUAUGACCGGAACUAACAGUAUUCAGGACAGAUCGGAAGAUAUUGACUUUUUUUAUGAGUUACAAAAGAACGAAUGGAUGGAAGAGAGUUGGAGAGAAAACCAGGUUGGGUUGAAACUAGGAGAAGAGGAAAAAGGGGAAGAAUCAUGUGAAUUCAAGAGUGAAGAUAAAAUUGAUUUUGAAUCUGAUUCUACGUUCUCCAAAGGGCGGACUCAGAGCUUGACAUCUAUAUAUUAUUUAAAUGAAGAAGAGGAGCUGUCAAGCAUCAACACAUUUACGGACAAAGGUUUUCUAGAGUCGCUCAGCCUUGAAUACAACCUAGAGUUUUUACCAGAUAUAUACGUCCCAACUCAAGUCUCAAGCUCUUCAAGUUCAUCUGACAGGUCGGAGCAAAAUGAAUCAAACACUAAUUUUGAUAUUGAAAAUAACUCUGAAAUCCUACAAGAUGAGAAUAAUAUUAGGAUUGAAAUGAACUCCGAGCUUGAAACCUGUUCUACCGUUAACCUUCACAUGCAAUUCUUUAAUGGAGAUUCUCGUAAUUUUCAGACAAAAGAAGGAGUUUCCCCUGGCCUCCUGCACGCAGAUUUAGAAGGGGAAAAUAGUAGUUCUACCCCUCCUCCCCCCCUUCCCCUGAGCGCGCCCCCUGCACACCCCAACUCACAGCUGAUUCUGGGUUCAGUACAUGAGGGAGAGGAAUCCGAGCUAGUUCUACAAAUCUUUCCUCCCAACCCAACCCUGCUCAACUUCAACCCUUGCCCAGUGUUUAGUUCUAUUCACGCAUAUUCAAAUCCUUCACAGAGAAGUUUACAACAUCCCUCCAGCUCUACACCAUACCUGGAAACUCAUUUUGAUUUUAUUCCACAACCCGAGGAAACAAAACAGUUCCAUGAGUUCAAUAACGAACCUAACCCCUCAGUUUACAAUGAGGAUUGCAGUGAAAUGAAUGACCCGGAGAUGGUAGAAGUUGAUUUACAGCACACAUGGAGAGAUGGAGGAGGUAUGGACGGAAUGAUGAUCCUACACAACCCUCAAGGUUCAGUUGACUCUACAGACUCCAGUUCUAUUCCUCCAACUUACUCUAGGCUGCCUCCAGAUGGACAUGAGUUCCCAGAAGACUAUGUGGAUCCUGGAUUACGUGGGUUCCAUGAUAAAACUGGGAUGCAAGAGCAGGAAUUUCUCAGCAGGAAGUCCUCAGGAAGUUCUACAACUAGCCUGGAUAGACAUGAGAUGAGACUGAGUAUUGCCGGACGAAAUUUCUCCUCGAGUGAGGAUAGAUCCUACGGGGUUCGAGCAAAGAUCGCGAUGUUCUCUCAUGGAAAAUCUGAGAGUAAGUCGACCUUGGGAAAAUUUCAGAGUUCAGAGGAUAUUGGAAAACUCUCCGGGUUCUCUAAUUCAAUGGUGCGUGCUCAUACACAGGGGGAUGUUCGGUUUGAGGACGGGUUGAAAAAACAGGGACUCCAACAGUCAUUAAAGUCUCUAAACACCAUAAACAGCUCUAGGGCUGGAAUGGAGAAUAAAGGAGUUUCCAACCUAAAACCUCAAAACAGAAACACAUCUUUUCGUAGUAUGAUCAACGUAUCUAACCACAGGGAUACAGCUAAACAUGUGGAGGACAAAGCAGUGUCUGUGAUUGAUCUUUCAGGGUCCAAUCCUCCCCCUAUACUGGAGGACCUGGAGAAACCAAGUGCCAUUAAUUACAGAUCUCAGAGUCUUAGUGAAAUAUGUGGAUCCAUGAAAACUCCUGAUAUCUCUGUAAAGGGUAGAUCGAGUAGUUCGAAUAUAUUAGGACAGAAUUCUGAACCCAAUAGGAAGGGGAUUAGUGGACUAGAACAAAGAAGGAGAAGCACAAUGAGUAAACUUAAGGGUUUGAUAAUUCCAGAAGGAAAGGAGAGUGCAAGCGCAGAAAAUCAUGAUGUGAGUAAAACUAAAGUGUCGACAUGUGAUGCUUCGCUGAUUUCUAGCAAGCUGACAACUCCGCCGUGGAAAGAUAAAAAUGACUCGAAUGAUUUUCCAAAAUAUUCACCUGCGUUCAAACGAAAACCUUUCUCCGUGUACAAUACCAAUGAGAGAAGCACAUCAAGCCCAGAGGAUAAGGUAGAAAAUGGAAAACCUGGUUCCACGAGAAAACCCCAAACAGAUGACAAGAGAAGGAGAGAAAAAGGAGCUGUAUCCUUGAAUCCUAAAGGUCCUUCGGACCAAACAUUUAAUAAACCUCCGAUAGGAAAAAGAAACUCUGAUGAAGGAUUAUAUCUACAAAGUAAACUUGAAGACUCUGACAAUGAUUCCGCGGUUUCAAGUGGAAGAUCGUCGGUGUCUGGUCGAAGCAGUUCCCCAACUAACUUAGAGUUGAGAGCAGAAGAGUUAAAGCUAUCAGAUGGAAAUCCCAGGCUACUAAAAAAGAAUUCAAUUGAGGCGAUUAAUCGUCAAAAUGUGAUGAACGUUUGUAAAAAGAGAAGUUCCACCCUCGCCAAGAAAGACGCGAAAGACAUGGUUUCUAGCAAAAUUGAAAUGAUAAAUUCUGAUUCUAGAUCAGGGAAACCAGCAGUUAGAUCCUCAUCAUUCAAUAUUAGCGAGAGACUAAAGGGCCUUGACGGAGAGUUAACCCUAUCUCGUAGAGAAUCAAAUUCCUCCCAGGAUUCCUUGUCCCGUCGGAGCUCUAGAGAUAUUCCAGAGAAGCAAACUGUCCGGAGAAGCUCCCGAGAACCAAUUGAACAGAUUACUUUGCGCAAGAUAUCCUACAAAGGGACUGAUGAGGGAUCCAGGAGAGGAUCUAGGGUUGCGACACCUACAGGAAACCAAACAUUUCCUGAUUCAAUAAAUGAUAUAUCUGAGAAAGUUUCCUAUAUGAACGAUGUAGUGGAUCGAACCACAUCUACAACACCCACGGAUAGACGUUCUCUCUCCAGAACCAACAGUGUUGCAUCGGAACGAUCCUACUCCAGUAGGUCCAGCAGAAACAGUAGUAUUGUGUCAGAAAAAGCACCUUUCUGUAGAACCUCCAGUAUGCUGAGUAAAGACUCGGCUAUCUCUGAAGAUUUCGGUUUCGACUCCGGCAGCUCGGCUCCGUCUACAAGAAAGAACAGUGAUAAAUGGGUAGAAUUAGAGAAAAAAUAUUCCAAGGGUGUUUCACCAGAAUCUAUUGAAAACAAAAUAUAUAAGCUGAAAGGUAUAAAUGAAGACAAUCAGAUGAAAACUGAGCGGCCUAAAGAUUUGGCAAUUUCACAGAAGAAAAAUAGCCUCAACUCCCCGAGUACACCCGGAGCCAAGAACUUUAAAGAACUCGCAGAAAAAUGGCAAACGUUCUCCUCGGAAACUCCUACUCCUACACAAACAACCUUGAUAUCUCCAGGUUCUAACUUUGCAACGUUACCAAGAAAAAGCAGUAAAGAAAAGACGAAUAGUUUAGAAACUACUCCUACACUUCCCGUGGCAGUGGAACCCUCCUCCAUACCCAGAAGGCGGGACGAAACCUCUGGUAUACCCAGAGGGCGAGACGAAACCCCCGGUAUACCCAGAGGGCGGGACGAAACCUCAGGUUUACCCAGAGGGCGGGACGAAACCUCAGGUUUACCCAGGGGGCGGGACGAAACCUCAGGUUUACCCAGAGGGCGGGACGAAACCUCAGGUUUACCCAGAGGGCAGGACGAAAACUCCGGUAUACCCAGGGGGCGGGACGAAACCUCAGGUAUACCCAGGGGGAGGGAGGAUGACUCACCGGUGAAACUUUACGAGGAUUUUCCAUGGUCUCCACCAAACGUAAAGAACUCGUACUAUCAAGUGUCAGGAGAUACGGAGUGGUCAGGGUUCGACAUGGUCGGAAAAACAGAUAUUCCAGAUAGAAAAUUCAGUGUGCCUGUAUACAAUGAAUCCGCAAUUAAACUUCGAGAUAAAAAGGACAAUGUUCCCUCCCGUCCUUCCAGCCUUAUAGAAUCAACAGACCAGAAAGAUCUUAAGAUAUUUGAGAUAGGAAACCUAGGAGACUGUAAUCGCAUGCUCAUGAACUCCAACUCUACUUCCCGUAGUUCUAGUCAGGCAGAUAUGCUGGACUCUAUGAAUUCUGACACGCCCAAAUCUCCCUUACCCAGUUCUAGUAGCAGGGAAAUACUGGAUGCGUUCAGUAACAGAAGCAGUAGAAGAGCGGUCAGCGUAAACGAUAUCCGACGAGCGUUUGAGAAAGCUGAGAAGAGUUUAUCCAACUAUGGAACUCCAACCAGAUCAGGUCUCUCAACCUCAUCCAGUCAUAACCGUAUGUCCUCCCUAGACUCUACAACUAGUGAGGAGUCUAGUAUCCCUACUCCACACUUCCAUGGAUCUGUGAGUAGUCUAGCCUCCGGUCAUGGAGGACUAAGGGAUCAUUAUGGGAGUAUAACAUCCCUAGCUUCAUCUACCAGUAUGAUUUCUCCCCAGGAGCUACAGAACCUGAUUGACGAAGCUAACCAGUCCUUGGAGGAGAGUGGAACUCCGUCCCACGAGAUAAUGGUUAUAGUCCUGCACCGUGAGUUCUCUGGUGGAAGUAUAGGGAUAACUCUAGCAGGGGGAGCAGACUAUGAGUGCAAAGAAAUCACGGUUCAUAAAGUAAUAGUUGGAAGUUUGGCGGAUAAAGAUGGAAGAAUACAGAAAGGGGAUCGUGUACUUUCAAUCAACGGUAGAUCCACUAAAGGAGUUUCACACAGAGAAGCACUCUCAAUUCUCAAAGCUCCCCGAGCUGAAGUUGUCCUGGUGCUCUCUAGGUCAAGAUCAGUUACUCCAGCAGAACGGAACUUUGACCCGAGUGAAGCCAGCUAUGCUUACAUAAACUCUACCAGACCACCUAAGAUACUGGAGAGCCCCCUUGAUAGCAAGUCCCUAAUGGCAGAUUUAAAGUUUGUUGAUGUCCCAAGAAGUACAGCGAUAACAGUUAGUUUAAAGAAGGAAGGAACAGGAUUAGGGUUUAGUCUGGAGGGAGGGAAGGAUUCACCAUUCGGAGACAGACCAAUGACAAUCAAGAAAAUAUUUACAGGUGGAGCAGCUGAUAAGAAUGGAACGCUGCGGGUUGGAGAUGAGAUAAUAUCUGUGAAUAAUGUUGAUGUGACAAGGAUGACAAGGUUGGAGGCCUGGAACUACAUGAAGAAGUUAAAUGAUGGUCAGCAGACUGUUGUAGUUCGGCAGAAACUUAUCAACCUUCCAACCGUUAGAACUGAACUAGUAGGGGAAUCUGCUCCUAUAGAGAAAACGCACUGAACCUAAAUUUUUUUAUAUAAAUAUUUAAAAUCCUACGAAGAAUAUUCUUUUUCGGGUGAAAAAGAACUUUUCUUGCAUAAAUAUUAACCCUUGUUGAAAACACUAAGAUUGCCAGUGUUUUGGUUCAAACGGCCUAGAUAUAUUCCAGAUAUAUGAAUAUACUUUAGAUAUAGAUUUAUUUACUAAUCUAUGUACAUUGUUGUACUUAUGUACAUUGGAUACCUAAGAAAGUAUAUGUAAAUAUUCAUAUAUUUAAUACUAACAUUUUUCUUUCAAUUCUGUUUUUUACAGUGCUUUACUGUACUUCCCGUGCUAUGAAUGAUAUUUGCAAACUAUACAUAAAGGGGGCUCUCUCCAUAUGCAUAUAUGUACAUAUAUAUAUUUACAGUGUACAUGAAUAGGUGACAAAACACCAUUUUAUCCCUGGCUUAGAGGGGUCUCAAUACCCACCAGCCUUUCCAACUGUGAUUAAAGAUAUUUUGUACAGUUUUAGUUCUUCAGUAAAUAAACUACGUAAUUUUUGUAAAAAAUUUUCUCUCAGAAAUAUACCAAGUGACAAUAA